UUCUGUCGCGUGGGAGACCUCGAGCUUUAGUAGCGGACACUUUAUAACUUUGCAUUCAGAUCUCAAUGGGACUUUUGCGCGAAAGCAUUUCGUUGUUGUAUUUUUAAUUACGUGAAAAUGCUUGCGUUCGACUACUAUGCAGUGGCAUUUACUUUAGCUUUUAGUUUUGUUGUGCAAUUAGAAGCAGUGACAGUGGAUCCUUUAGCGCCUAUGUGCCCUACAAAUAAAAUCGCACCCCGACGAAAGCGUUACGACAGUCAUCCGCGGACAUUUGGGGAAUUUUACAAUUUGCUAACACCAAAUUCGCCCAACGGACUCCAAGAGAAACCAGUGGAUGACGCACCUGAUGACUGCGGUGAGAUUGAUGAUUAUGAUGAAAAUGAUAUUAGUUCCGUCACACCAAGUCCAAUAAGAAGACAAGGCAACCAACGCACUCACUUCAACGCAAUCAAGAAGCGGCCGUCGAACCAGCACCACUUGCUGAACCAGCACAACCAGCAUGGCAUCAAGCCGUCUACCAGACCAACGCGACCACCGCCCGCUGGGUACUUCGGAACAAACACCUACACUCCACCGAAACCACUGAAACCAACAGCUAACGUGAAACCAGUUGCCGAGCCUUCAGACGAUCUUCAAGUGAUCUACCGACCUGGAAACAUUGUCGGGGGACCCAGCAAUCACAUUAUUGGUCUUCCUCAGAAGCAGGGAAGACCUCGUCCAAAUACUACGACAACUACUGAUGCUACGUCAACCUACAGAGAGCCUAAACGUCAUCACAAUUACUAUUAUCCCUCCGCUGUACAAUCAAACGGUAACAGAUAUAACAGACCGAGAAAGUACAAUGGUGACACUGGUAUAGUAGGGUCUUUUGUUGAUUUGUUCUUUUAAUGUUAAUAAUUUAAUAUAGAAUUAAGUAAUAAUGUAAUAUGAUUGUAAUAUUAAUUAUAUGAUGUGAAAGGAGAGAGA